AUGACAUCUUGCAAUGUUUACUUUGGUGACAGUGUUCAUCCAAAACAUGUUGUUUCACCUAGUAUCGUUCUAAUAUAUUGUUUAUUGGGAAUAAAUAUUGAUAAUCAAAGACUUCUCCAAAUAGGACAAAAUACAAAUAAUUUUUAUAACUUAAAUAACUUUUCUUCUGGUGCAAAAUAUCUGGCCAAUGCUAUAAAUAAUUAUGCUAAAAUGUUUAAUUCAAUUGCCCUCGCUUCAAUAGUAAGUGAGGCAUUGAUUGCUGUUGAAGCUGUGGCUGCUGGAAUCGAGUUAUCCAUUAAUGAAUUUGAAGUAGGCGAUGAAGUAAAGAAGGUCGUUAGUUUAGAUAAAAAAUAUGAUUUAUUUAAUGAAACUAUAACUAAUUAUUCAAAAACCCUCGAUAGUGGGGAUAUAAAUAGAGCUAUGACUAUAUUUGCGAAUAUACAACAAUUUGUGCAUAGGACUGAAGAGUUUGGGCUAACAGUAGAUCAUGAAUGA